UAAAUCUACGGUCCUGAAGGUGAUCUGAGUAUCGUAUCAAAACCGUUAUCGCACAUCUGGAGUCAUACACGGGGAGGAGGAAGCGCUAAUCCUCAAGGACUUAUUUAUUUGCCCUCCCUUGAAGUCCUGCAGAGCUUUCUGGCUCCUCGAGGUGUGGUGGGGGCCUAGCCUAGCAGCCAGGGCGGACGGACGGACGAACAGACAGACAGGGGGCAGGAUGGGGGACUGCAGUGACCUUGACCGCCAGAUUGAGCAGCUGCGGCGGUGUGAGGUGAUCAAGGAGGCGGAGGUGAAGGCACUGUGUGCCAAGGCGCGGGAGAUCCUGGUGGAGGAGAGCAAUGUGCAGCGCGUCGACUCUCCCGUCACGGUGUGCGGGGACAUCCACGGACAGUUCUAUGACCUGAAGGAGCUGUUCAAGGUGGGCGGUGACGUGCCUGACACCAACUACCUCUUCAUGGGCGACUUCGUGGACCGAGGCUUCUACAGCGUGGAGACCUUCCUACUCCUGCUGGCACUCAAGGUGCGGUACCCUGACAGGAUAACACUCAUUCGAGGCAACCAUGAGUCUCGGCAGAUCACACAGGUGUAUGGCUUCUACGACGAGUGCCUCAGGAAGUACGGGUCCAUCACAGUCUGGCGGUACUGCACGGAGAUCUUUGACUACCUCUCCCUCUCGGCCAUCAUCGACGGGAAGAUAUUCUGCGUGCACGGUGGCCUCUCCCCGAGCAUUCAGACCCUCGACCAGAUCCGCACGAUAGACAGGAAGCAGGAGGUGCCGCAUGAUGGCCCUAUGUGUGACUUGCUGUGGUCAGACCCGGAAGACACACAAGGGUGGGGUGUGAGUCCGAGGGGGGCCGGCUACCUCUUCGGCUCUGAUGUGGUGGCCCAGUUCAACGACACCAACGGCAUCGACAUGAUCUGCCGCGCCCACCAGCUGGUCAUGGAGGGCUACAAGUGGCACUUCAACAACACCGUGCUCACCGUCUGGUCCGCACCUAACUACUGCUAUAGAUGUGGCAACGUAGCGGCAAUCCUGGAACUUGACGAAAACCUCAAGCGUGAAUUCACCAUCUUCGAGGCCGCGCCACAGGAAAGUCGAGGCAUCCCCGCGAAGAAGCCUCAAGCGGACUACUUCCUCUAGGCCCCCAAGGAUGAUAACCACCCCACGAAUGAGCAGCAUCACCGAGUGAGCGAGUGAAUUUAAGCGAGAAAGCAAGUGUGCGGUUUUGUAUAAAUUUCGUAGAUCAGUGCACAUGUGUCAACUGUGUGUGGGUGUGGGUGUGUGUGUGUGUGUGUGUGUGUGUGUGUGUGUGUUUGGCUGGCCUCAUACCAUUAUUAAAGGGCAAGAUGUAAGAGUAAUUCAUGUGGCAUUCUCUCAAGGCUCUCAUCAUUUACUAAUCGUUUGAUGUGUCGGUUUUUUCUCUCUAUCAUCUUUUCUUUCCCUUCGUUGCUGCUGUUCCUGCUCUUUGUAUGGUCGAUUUCCUUUUGUUUUCUCUAUCUAUCUAUCUAUUUAUCUUUGUCUCACAUUUACAUCAUAUGGCUGACUUGUAUUUGUUUUCUCUAUCUAUCUAUCACUCUGUCUCAUAUUUGUAUCAGUGAAAUAUCAUGCAGCUUCACAUAUAGAAGUUACAUUAUACACACAUAGAAUAAAAUGUUUUUACGCCUGUACUCCAUGAACCACCACCGUGUACAGUAGCAUGUGUGUGUGUGUGUUCGUACGGGCGUGAGGGGCACACAGUCACACAGACAUGGGUAUACUAGGUGUCCAAGUAUGCAUGUUGCUCAAGAUAUAAGCCGAGAAAACCACUCAUACAUACCUUGCUUAUGGUUUACCGUAUAUAUACACUUUUGAAUGGCAGACAGCCGCAUGUAACCUCAAAGCAGAUACGACAAACAAACACUUGACAGGUACACAAAUAUACACACUUGAUACAAACAAAACAACACUAUAUAGGAAAUCAAUAUUUAUGUCUCUUGCUAUAUCUCACUGUCAUAAUCUGAGUGAGUGGAGGGAAGCGAAGUGGAUGUAAGUAUUAGCUUCUACUGCCCACUUCCCUCCCUGCCGGCAUCCCCUCCAACCAUGGAUGGAAAGUGCUAUCGUGUAUGUGUGUGUGUGUCUGUAAUUCUGCGUGUGUAAGGAGGAGGAGGAGGUUCAGGAAUAGGAAACAUGGAAACAUUAUCGAAAGAAAGUGAGAGCUUAGAAACGGUGUGUAUGUUUGUUUGCAUGUAUUUCUUUGAGUGUGUGGAGGAGAGGAGGAGGAGGAGGAGGUGGUUCAGGAGUAACAAUGGAGAUAGUAGGAAACAUGGAAGCAAUAUCAAAGGGAGGUUAGGGCUCAGAAAUAGUGUGUGAGUGUGUGUGUGUGUGUGUGUGUGGAGGAGAUGGAUAUUCAGUAGUAAGAAUGGAAGGAGUAGGACACAGAUACUUUACUGAAAGGACUUGUGGGGUAGGAGGAGGAGGAGGAAGGUCGGAACGUAACAACGGAGAGAGUAAGAAGCAUGGAAGGGAGGUCAGGUCAGGUCAGGGCUCAGAAAUAAGUGCAAAAGUGGAUAAAAAAUAAGUCAGUUGAAACCAUGAGUGGAGAACGGACUCAGUUGAAGGGGGAACAAUACUAGACAUGUCGUAAGGAAAUCUGCUUACAUGUGUGUGUGUGUGUGUGUGUGUGUGAGGCUGAUGGUUUACUAAAUAGGACCGUAGGGCAGAGACAUGAGUGAGGCUUCAGUAACAACAGCAGCAGUGAAGGAAGUGUCAAGGCUAUCAACCAAAGCCUCUCCCUUGGUAAAUAUUGGACUGGCUGCUUGAUUGGCUGACUGGUUGACUCCUUACUGCUGAGAGUGGGUGUGUUUGUGUGUCAGUUUGCUUGUAAUCAUCACUCAAGUUCGUGCUCAUAAAAACUCGGAAAAUUGACCAGAGACGUGAUAAUUAAGUGUAAAAAAUGUAUAACCUUUCAUUAUUUUGAGUGCUAGUUUGUUUUUUUGUCUCGACUCAAUUUUCUGCGGGUUUUUCUUGAUAUGAGUGCUAAUUGGUGUGGUGUACAGGGAUUGGCUAACGAACAUACCCAAUUAUAGUACCAUUGCGUUGAGCUACGUAGGGACGGGGCGGAAAGGGACUCGAAAAGGGACUCGCUCGCCACUCUUGUCAUGAAUAUAAUAGGAGAGAGAGUCCUGCUUUAUAUUAUUGCCUGGCUCGGCUGGCGUUUCUGGGGUUUGCGGCGUGACACGAGACGCUACUCUAAGACACUUCUACAACUACUACUACAAUGUGUAUGUGUAUUCAUUUUUUUGCAUCUUGAGUGUAAAUUCUUUUGAUGUAAGGCCUGUUUACAUAGUGGUGAUGAUGAUUGGUGGGGAUUCUGUGCCAAUACCCACCAUGGAGUUUGAAGGGGAUUAAAAGAAAUGAGAUCUCAAGGACUAUAUUCCUCUUGCACAGUAGGUUAUGAGUUUUUAUGUAAGAAUACAUGAAUAAAAUUUUUAGCCAUUAAAUGGAUCUGUGUAUACAAGGAGCGUACAAAAAACGGAAAUGUGUGUUCACCUUUAUGAUUGGAAAUACUACAACAUGUUUGAUUCCAUUAUAGGGCGUGAAUAGCCAAAUUUUUAGUGAUUUAUCUUAAUUUUGAUACCUGGAAAAAUAUAUUAAGAAGAAAGUUUGACUAAAGGGUGAAUUUUAAAAUGAUUCAAGUGUGUAAGGAAUCAAAGAGAAGAUAAUUUAAGUCAAAAUGAAGUGGCAGGAUUACUGAAUCCUUCUUGUAGGGUAAUAAACAUUUAUUUUCCUGAA